ACAUAUUUUUCAAAGAAAAUUUUAAUUUUUAGUACAUUCCCUUUUUUUUUUGUAUUAUUCGCCUCUCUUCUCAUUUCAUGCUUUGCCUUAUAUUACACAAAUAAAACACCCUUACCUUCAUUCUUCCUUUUCAUAUCAAAAGUCAUCAUGUGGACAUUUAUAUCAUUUGUUGAUGAAAUAAAAUCUUCACACUUAUCCACCCACAUACACAAUACCCACGUACACACACCCACGUAUACACACCACAUACACACCCACAUACGCACACAUAUGCACACAUACACGUACACACACAUAUAUAUUUGUGUAUUAUAUACCUUUGAAAGAUUACUUGGCUGCUGUCUUCAUAACUUCAUCAACUUUACCGUAAUGCCUAUUUCAAAAGAAGAUAAAAUACGGUAG